GACAAUAGAAAAAAAGAAAAAAUUAGAAGGGUUAAAAUGGGUAUAACUUCAAAAUUUAUUAAAAAACGACGCGAUUACAUGAAUAUUAAACGAAAAAAUGAAGAAUUCCGAAUUAAAGAACGAAAUAAUGAGAAAGUUGCUAAAAAAAGAGCACGAUUAGAUUAUAAUAAAAGAAAAUUAGAAAAUGCAGUUAAUUUAAAAAAUAUGAGAAGAAGAUUAAAAAAUAACGAAAUUAAAGAAGCAAAUAGAAAAGCAGCUCGUUUAAGUAUGAAUAGGCGUUUGAAUGAUCCAGCUAUAAAAAAAGCUAAUAUAGAAGCUGCUAAGGUGAGCAUGAAGAAACGUUUAAAAAAUUCAGCUAUAAAAAAAGCUAAUAUAGAAGCUGCUAAGGUGAGCAUGAAGAAACGUUUAAAAAAUUCAGCUAUAAAAAAAGCUAAUAUAGAAGCUGCUAAGGUGAGCAUGAAGAAACGUUUAAAAAAUUCAGCUAUAAAAAAAGCUAAUAUAGAAGCUGCUAAGGUGAGCAUGAAGAAACGUUUAAAAAAUCCAGCUAUAAAAAAAGCUAAUAUAGAAGCUGCUAAGGUGAGCAUGAAGAAACGUUUAAAAAAUCCAGUUAUAAAGAAAGCUAAUAUAGAAGCUGCUAAAAUUAGUAUGAAAAAAAAAUUAGAAGAUCCUGAUACGAGAAAGGCCUAUAAAAAAGCAAAUAGUAUUCGAAUGCUUAAAAGAAGAGCUUCUUCAAAUAGCAGCAUAGGGUCAAGUAGUAGAAAACGUUGUUAUCGUGUAUCUUCAUAUAGGUUGCAUGAAAAGGAAAAAUUAAACAUGAAACGUCAAAAGUGGGAAACAUUACUGUCAGAAUAUAAUUUAAAAAAAACACAAGGUUUGUCAGAAACUUGUGUUUCUUGUAGCCGUUUAAGAUUACCAAGUAGCAUAAUCAAAACUCCAAAAAAAUUAUUAAGGCAACUUAAUAUGAACAUUGGUCAAAAUGAUAGUGAAAGUGUACUAGUAUGCACAAGUUGUUAUGGUCAUUUAAAAAAAUUAAAAAUUCCACCAUUGUAUGUUGGAAAUGGUUUUCAAUUAAAUCAUGUUCCACAGUCAGUUAAGGAGCUUAACCAAAUAGAAAGACAAAUGGUAUCACUGCGAUUACCAUUUAUGAAAGUAUUCAAAUGUCUUCGAGGAGAAGGUCAAUUGAAAAUUCAAGGNCGGAGAAGGUCAAUUGAAAAUUCAAGGCAGCGUAGUAAACGUACCAAUUGA